AUGAGAAUUUUGAUAUUGAUCACAUGCUUGACAGCCAUUGUCUACACACAGGGGAAACCCACUGAUAAGUACAUAUUGAACGAAAGUUCUGGGAAAUCAUACAAGCUGAUGUAUGAAUCAAAGGUUUGGAACGAGGCGAAGGAAGUCUGCGAACGUGACGGGGCUAAACUGGCUGUACCCAAGUCACAGGAUGAUUUUGACUUCAUCCAGAAGCUAAUUCGUGGCAUGCAGUAUUCUGAUAUCACGGGCACUUCAUUCAAAUUACUGGCCUUUAUUGGUAUCAAUAAUCUAGAAAAUUACAAGAUUUGGAAAAACAUAGAUGGAGAAAAUAUAGAAGACACUGGAUUUCACACAUGGUCUGGAAGUAACGGGAAUGGUUACAGUGAUGACCCUGCUGAGCCCCACUGCGUAGGAAUGGACGCUGCAAACCCCGGCCUCAGGGACUGGUGGUGCCACCGUCCACAGCCAUACGUCUGCGAGAAAUCAUCAAACUGCAUUACUAUUGAGAUGAACUUCUUACGAAGAGGCUUAACACUCCUUUCUACUGGCAUCAAAGCUCAAUGUAUUCAAAAUAAGGUUCCAGCGAUAACCACUACGACAGUGCCCGGGACUCCUACAAUCCCACUCUGCAACCCAAUGGGCCUGUUGUCAAGAGCGAUGGCCUCGCUGAACCAAAUGCAUAAGACCGGCCCACAUUUUAAGUCUAGGAAGUCGAGAAAUCCCCUCAACGGCAAUCCUUUUGCCAAGGGUGUAGUAUUAAAGACCCUCAUCAAGAAGCCAAAGAAGCCCAACUCUGCGAACCGCAAGUGUGUGCUCGUGCGCUUGUCCAACGGCAAGGAGAUGGUCGCGUACGUGCCCGGUAUUGGUCACAACCUGCAGGAGCACAACAUUGUCCUCGUCAGGGUCGGCAGGUUGAAGGAUUGUCCAGGAGUGAAGCUCAAGUGCGUGCGCGGCAAGUACGACCUGCCCCAGGUCGUCAAACAGAAGGUCUAG